CUUCGGAUAACCAUAGUGUAAAUGAGCAAUAUGAUGCUUUACAAAACGGUAGUAAUCCGUUUGCGGGAGAACAAGUAGCCGGAAAUCAAGUAGUCGGAAAUCAAGAAACAUCUCAAUUCUCUAAUACCAUUUUUUCUGGAUCCACUUUUAAUAAAGCGGUUGGGCCACAGUAA